AUGGCGAACUGGCUCAAGCUCUCCGUAUUCGCUACCCUCGGUGCACUAUUCACUACUACCGAGGGGCGACCUUUCCUCUCCAGUGCGAGUACCGGAAACUCCUUAGCUAGUCGCGCGCCGUCCAGCAACAAGACCGUCAUCGUCCAAAUGUUUGAGUGGACAUGGGACAGUGUUGCUUCCGAGUGCACCAACUUCAUCGGUCCUGCCGGCUACGGUUUCGUGCAAGUGAGCCCGCCGCAGGAGCACGUCACGGGCGACCAGUGGUGGACAGACUACCAGCCUGUCUCUUACAUCCUGACGUCCAAACGCGGCAACCGAGACCAGUUCGCCAGCAUGAUUUCGACCUGUCAUGCCGCGGGCGUUGGUGUGAUCGUCGACACCCUCUGGAACCAUAUGACCGGCAGCGACAGCGGCACCGGCGUCGCCGGCUCUUCGUACACCCACUACAACUACCCGGGGAUCUACCAAAACCAGGACUUCCACCACUGCGGGCUUGAACCCGGCGACGACAUCGUCAACUACGACAACCGCCUCGAGGUGCAGACGUGCGAGCUUGAUAACCUCGCCGAUCUCGCGACGAACACCACGUAUGUGCAAGGCCGACUCGCGGAAUACGGCAACGAUCUGCUAUCGCUGGGCGCGGAUGGUUUUCGCCUCGACGCGGCCAAACACAUCGCUGCUACGGAUCUCGCACAAAUCCUGUCGCAAUUAAACAGCAAGCCGUACAUCACGCAGGAGGUCAUCUUCGGAGAGGGCGAGCCCAUCACGCCCAACGAGUAUGUCGGAAACGGGGAUGUCCAAGAGUUCCGUUACACCACGGCGCUGAAGAAUGCAUUCUUGGGCGGAGGCAUCUCUAGCCUGGAGAGCUUUGACAAUCUAGGCUGGGUGGAUGGCUCCGUGGCGAAUGUCUUCGUGACCAACCACGAUACGGAGCGGAAUGGCAACUCCCUCAACAACAACUCGCCGUCCAAUACCUACGUCACUGCAACGAUCUUCUCCCUCGCACACCCGUACGGCACGCCGACCAUCCUGUCGAGCUACGACGGUUUCACGAACACCGACGCCGGUGCACCUAAUGGCGGCACGGGGACAUGCUCUGGGACUGGUGGCGAGAACGGCUGGCUCUGCCAGCACCGCUGGGUCGCCUUCACGGGCAUGGUCGGCUUCAGGAACAACGUCGGCGACGCGGAGGUGACGAACUGGGUGUCGCCGCAGUCGGAGCAGAUUGCGUUCGGACGUGGCGCCCUCGGCUUCGUCGCGAUCAACAACGCCGACUCGGACUGGUCGGCGACGUUCUCGACAUCUCUUCCGAGUGGUUCCUACUGCGACGUCAUCAGCGGCUCGUCUUCAGGCAGUACCUGCACAGGUAGCUCCUUCACCGUCUCAGGUGGCUCGUUCACCGCCACCGUCCCCGCCCGCAGCGCAAUCGCCAUCCACACAGGACAGAAGGGUACCGGCUCCAGCUCUGGCAGCGGCGGUUCCGGUAACGUCGUCGUGAACUUCGCCGAGAACGCCACUACGACGUUCGGUGAAAACAUCUUUGUUGUCGGCAGCAUCUCGCAGCUCGGGAAUUGGGAUCCGGCCAGCGCGAUCGCGUUGUCGUCGGCUUCGUACCCCGUGUGGACGGCUUCCGUGAGCAUCCCGGCAGGAACCUCCUUUGAAUUCAAGUUCAUCAGGAAAGAGACUGACGGAAGCACACUCACCACGUCGUGGAGAUGA